AUGUCGCUCUCUGUUGAGAUGGUUCAGGGGACGGAGAAGUCCUGGAUAGACCUUUCUAACUCGUCGGGAAAGCUCGCGGCGCUAUAUGCGAUCCAGGAUUGUGGAUAUAUUGUACUGAAAGCAGCAGCAAACACUGGAUCGAUAGAAGAAGCCAGGGACAACGAGUAUACUAAAGCUCUCCUCUCUGAAACACGGAAUGGUGAUUUUCAACCUAGCCAUCCCGGAUAUAUACCUGCCUAUCGGCUUAAGGACCCCAACAUCAAGAUGAACCGGUCACGAUUUUGGAGAGAACAGGCAAUGUCUAGAGAUCCAAAAGAACUUAAUUACAUCAUGUGCUACCAUCUAUUUGGAGGCAGUCACGACAUGUGGGAAUGGGAAUAUGAUAAGGGACUAUGGGAGGAAGAGACGGGAGAAACUGAAGUGGUUCAAGCUGCUGGUGGAGACCUAAUCAUCUGCAAUGGCUGGUUACCCCAACGACCCCCAAAGCCGCAAGGGACGAAAGACGCUUUUGUUGUGAGCUAUCGAUGGAAGGGUUUCCACCAGGAAACCCAAUGA